UGAACGUUGGGGUCGGUCCAACUGGCGUUGAGAUGGAGAGAAUAUAUGACACCCAAGAUGGAUUAUUCGAUUGUUCGUGGAGUGAGCUUAAUGAAAAUCAAAUUGCUACUGCCAGCGGUGACGGAUCUAUAAAAUUGUGGGAUUUAACUCUUCCGGUACUGGAAUUCCCAAUAAAAAAUUGGCAUGAGCACGGGAGAGAAGUAUUCUCUGUACAUUGGAACUUGGUCAGGAAAGACACAAUUGUUAGCGGGUCUUGGGAUAAGACCAUUAAAUUGUGGAAUCCCGAGUCAUCACAAUCCAUCAAUACUUACACGGGACACAGAGAAUGUGUAUACAAUACAAUAUGGUCGCCCUAUAAUCCCGACAUCUUUGGUUCGGCAUCGGGGGAUCAAACCGUGAAAAUCUGGGACGUCAAAGCUCCUCAAUCUGUCCAAACCAUAAACAUAAUAAAUUCUAACGAAGUCCUAUCGCUCGAUUGGAACAAAUAUCGGGAGAAUGUGAUUGUCACAGGAUCCGUCGACCAUACCGUACGAGUAUGGGAUUUAAGAAAUACCGUUCGUGAAUUGGUUUGUUUACGAGGGCACGAAUAUGCAGUUCGUAGGGUGAAGUGUUCACCGCAUAAGGCCAGUAUAGUGGCCAGCGUUAGUUAUGAUAUGACCUUGAGAUUGUGGGACACCGAUAAGGAAAACCCGUUAGUGGGUGUUCACGAUGCUCACACAGAAUUUGUCCUAGGA